GGUCAUUUACAAAGAUACAAAAGGGAAACGGAGGGGGAGAUUACCCUUGUGUUUUUUCUAUAAAUUACGAGACUUUUUACUUGUCCCCCCGCAACACACACACACACUUGUUAAAAGAUGGAAUUUGUUGCUUAUCAUCACCAGCACCCGAUUGAACAACGUCCGCAACACUUGUACCGUCCAGUGACGACGACCAUGCCACAAGCUUCGCAAGCGCCUCGGUAUAUGCCAUACCCAGACAAACAACAACAACAACAACAACAACAAGAACGGCAAUCGCUUCCUCCCGUCGCUUCCGUCUUUCACCCACAGUAUGCCCAACGGCCGGCCUUACCGCCUCCUCAUCAUCUCGUUCAGCCGUCAUACCCACAACCACUUGCAAUGAUCAAACAAGAGCCUCGCUCUCCUCCGUCACGUCCGGACGAAAAGACAGACAAGGAACUCUUGCGCAAAGUCUCCCAUUCCGCCAUUGAGCGUAGAAGACGAGAACGUAUUAAUGAUAAGAUUAUGCAAUUAAAGGGGCUUGUGCCUUCCUGCGCCCACCAGGAAAAUUUGCACAAGCUGUCGAUUCUCCAAAACGCGAUUGAUUACAUUCGCCUUCUCAAGGACCAGCUCGAACACCAGGAACAAGCGAACAAGAAGCUUCAGCAACAGCAACAGCGAUUGGAACCUUCUCCUCCGCAAGCACCUGGGCCUUAUGAGCGGAGACCAAGCAUGUGCAGUCUCCCUUCUCCCAUUCCGAACCCGUCGUCUCCUGAAGACAGGCCCGCCUACCCGAUAUCCUCCCCCUUAUACCGAUCCGAUUCCGAAUAUGAAAUGUCGAGGAGAGAAGAGGUGACGGGUCUGCUGAUGCUAUCUGGCAUAAGGCCUUCUCCGGAACCCGCCGCUUCCACUCCGCCUCUUCCCGAAAAGAAGCCAUCGCGGCCCAUGUCGGUGGGCAGCUUGCUGUGCUAGUCUCCUUUUAAUUAUGAUACGAAUGGAAAAAGGGUUUUAUUUUUAUUUUUUGUACCAUGAUUAGUUUGCUGGUGUGUUGAGCUUGUGUGUAUAUAACAUAGAUCGUAUUUGGAAAAAGAC